CUCCUGGGAAAGCUCAUCUGGAUCCCUCCCUUGGUGGCCUGACCUUCUCUGGCUCUCCCUUCGCAGGAAUGCUGCGCUGGACCCUGCAUAAGAAAAUCGACCAGAAUCCCAGCACCAGCUGUGUGCUGGUCAGGAUCCUGGUGAAGGAGCUGGAAAGGGCAGAGCGAGGGGACCUCUGGCACUACAUCAUCCCCCUGCUGCACACGCUGAUGUACACCCUGAUCCAGGCUCCCUGCAUCCCUGACGAGCUCUGUGCCAGGGUUUAUGACUUCUGCAAGAGGCUGCUGACCCUGCCCAAGCCCUUCUGCACCAUUGGGCUGGACUAUGCCAGCAGGCUGCAGGUGGAGAGGACAGCCCCAGGAACCUUGUACCAAAGAAUGGUCAUCUCCGAGCAGAGCCUGCCGAGCGCCCCGUUCCCUUACCAGGAGAAGAUUUUCAUCUUUGCUGACCCAGAGCUGCUGCCCGAAGCCAUCUGCAAUGUGCUGGUCACUGACACCGAGGCAGCCCAGGUGUCCCAGAGCCCCCAGGGCUGCAUGAGCUGCGUGGUCACCCACGCCCUGCAGGCAGCCCUGGGUGACACCUGCGACGUCCUUGGCCUCAGGGCCCGACUCCAGGCCUUGCCCCCAGGGGAGGUGGAGCACUGGUUCCAGCAGGUGGUGGCGGCCGUGGAGGGCGCGGGCAGCGAGGGGGGCUGGGAGCGGGGCCAGCACACGGCGCGGCUGGAGAGGAUCUACCACGGCCUCCUGGGCUCCUCGCCUGCAGGGAAUGCUCCCCGGGAAGGGCUGCAGGGGACCCCUCUGCCCAACCCCAGCAUCAGCUUCCACCUGUGGACAGAAGAUGAGCAGCUCUGGAAGGAGCUGGUGCUGUUCCUCCGCCCGCUGUCGCAGAGCUGCGAGCCCGACUGCCUCGGGCAGGACCUGGACGCCCUGGAGAUGCAGGACAUGCUCGCGGACUGCGGCUGCUGCGGCCGGAGCCGCUUCUCCGUGCUGUCCACGGACAGCGGCAUCGAGCGGGACCUGCCCGCGCAGGACGAGCCCUGCGCCCCCUGCGCCGCGGACCCCGAGCGCUCCCGGCUCCACAGGAAGGGCGGCAUCAAGAAGAAGCUGUCCCCGCUGGAGAGCGUGGCCUUGCUGCAGGCCGGCAGCAAUGUCCCCGGGGGGAAGCCCCCCGGGAAGCUGCCCAGGAGGGCAGGAGUGUCCCCGGAGCCCGCGGCCUCGCUCCAGAGGCUGCACACCGCCCGCGUGGUGCUGCUGGGGGACGAUCGCAUCCUGGGCCGCCUGGCACAAGCCUUCCACUCCCUCAGGAAGCGGGAAGCCCGGCGAGUGUUCCUGACGCCCAGGCUGAACCUGCAGCUCUACCACAUCCCUGUGCUGCCGGGGCAGCCCCACCCCGCGGCUGCUGCGGACCAGGCUGACCCCGAGGAGCUGUGUGAGGUGGCCGGGUACCUGGGCAGGGCUGAUCCCUGGUACGAGAGCAACAUCAACACCCUGUGUCACAUGAUCCCCAAGCUGGCCAACAUGCCGUCAUCACCAAGCAGGGCCCUGGUGACCGACCUGUUCCUCACCGAUGUCAUCGCCUACUACGCCCGCAUGGGCACCCAGCCCGUCUGCUUCCAGGUGCACUCUGUCAAGGUGCUGUUCCAGGACCCGGCGCAGGACCCAGCUGAGGAUGUGUUCCUGACAGAGCUGCUGACCCAGGUGCAGGACAGCCCUUCCCACAGAGAGCUGAGCACGACCAAGAAGAAAAGCGCCCUGGAUGGCCCUGGCAUCGAUCUCUCAGUGACCUACAGGAAGGUUGUGCUGAGUGACCGACAGAAGGAGCUGGCCCUGUCCCUGCGCUCCACAGGCCUGCUGAUGAAAGCCAUCCCUGCUGAGGAGGCCGAAGAGCUGGGCUGUCUGAGCGUGACCAUCACUGAAAUCAUCAGGAUCAACAACCUGGCGGGACGCUCGUUCUCAGCUGUGGCAAACAGGUUCAAAACACGGAAUAUCAGGAUCAGGAGCCCAGAGCAGAGACCCUUCACCGUGCGGCUGGACAAGGACAGCAGAAGAACCUACAGGGACGUGAUCGGCCUGGAGGUGUCUCCCUGCCUCGAGCCCAGCUACUGCCUGCAGAAGACCAGGACUAUGAAAUUCAGCCCCCACGAAACAGAAGAUGUGGGGCUCGUCAAGUACCUGCCCAAGUCUCUGCUGCUGCCCAUCAACACGUUUGCUGGAGUCAUGCAGUGAAGGAAACAGGAGAAGGAGGUGUG